UGAUCUGAGUAGUACGUCAAUGUUUUUUAUUUUGCACAAUAAUAAAGCGACCACAGUCUUGUGUAUGAAUAUAGUUUUGAUGGAUAAAAUAACAUUUUUUUAAAUGGUAACCCAAAAAGUCAAUAUUCAAUGUCGCUCUUUUAUUACGUCACAGAGCGCAGACAUACACGUGUGGACUAGACCGCAAAGAAUCUUCCCUAAAUCAAAUUUGCGAAUGUUUUGCAGCUAUGAAUGACUUACCUGCAGAUGUGAAGACUUUCCUGCUCAAGCAUCCUUUUCUAGAGGUGACUGACAGCAAAAAGAUAAAGUGCACACUGAACGGGCAUGAGUUUCCAUGCAACCUGGAGGAGCUGCAGAAGUUCGUUAAAGGGAAAAAGUAUCUGAAGCUGAGCUCUCAAGCAGAGUUUAACUACAGCCAGUUUGAACCCCACAUAGUGUCAAGCUCAAAACAACCCAAUCAGCUCUUCUGUAAGUUGACCCUCAGACACCUAAAUAGACAGCCACACCAUGUAUUAAGGCACGUCAACGGGAAGCGCUUCAAGAAGGCUCUCGCCAAAUAUGAGGACUGUGUGAAGCAGGGCAUCGCGUUCGUCCCAAUUAGACUUCAGCAGAAAAGGCCGAGGGAGACGGGCACAGACGUCCAAUGGGGCAACAAGUCCAAACAUGGCAACGGCACAUUUAAGCCAUCCUCCAGCGACGACGAAGACCAUAACGACUCCGAAGACAGCAUGAGCGACCUAUACCCCUCGUCGAUGUUCCCUUUGAAGAACCCGGCCGAGAACAUGGAGGCGGAAGAGUGCAAGGAUAAGGAUGACUUCCAAACCAGUGACGAUGACGAGAUGGAGGUGGACACGCUAGCCAUACAGAAACGUAAAAAGGUCCAGGGUGGUGGCGCCUUUCAGAAGAAAUUCAAAAAGAACAACUGGAAAGGCUGUAAUAAAAAAUCGGUGAAAAUCAGGAAAGGAAAAUAAAUUAUAGCAGCACA